CGGCGGUACUUGUGAUUUCGAGCGCGAAAAAAAAAAACAAAAUAAAAAAUGUUUAAUCCACGUUCUUCCGGUAACAAUGAGUCCACAGAUGACCAUCAACUCGACAACAAUUUGAAGGAGCUGCAGGAGCAGCUCUGCUACAUGAUGGAAUCCCACGAGAUCGAUCCGAAGACGCUGGCAGAAGAGCCCCCAGAAGUCGAGGUCUCCUCGGCCAACAAUGUCCUCUCUGAGCUACAGCGUACGUUCGGGGUGCUCCAAUUGGACAGUAAUGCGCCGACCUUAGAGUUCCACGGCUUGGGUUGCCCGAGGCAACAGAACCAGCAGCACAAGCCGAAGAGAUCGCGCAUACAUCGCGGCGGCCAGCGAUCGGCUGGGGGUGCUCCGCAAAAGAAGCAGAAGACGGGCAACGGGCAAAGCAACUGGCUGGUAUCCGAGAAGAAGCAAAUGCAGCUGCAAAAAGAGAAUACAUGGAAUCUGAGCAUGAUCGAUCGUGAUCAAAAUGAAAUGACGCCCGAUAUUAGCGACGAGAGUCUGCGAUCGAUUGGAUUGUACGGCGAUUGUCUGGAGCAUAAUCCUGUGCUGCGGCUAAUGGACCUCUUUAGGUCCCUGCAUGAUCACAUGUCGACCGAUCUGAGCUGCUCUCGCCAAAACUCGAUGCCAUCGGACUACUUGUUCGACAUGCCAGUGAGGACGGCAAUGCCGAACAGUUUGAAUGUGCGUUACCAGUUGCAGGUGUUGUGCACCAAAGUGGAGCGGUUCCUGCUUGGCCAACGACGGAUUUUGGAGACGAAUCGCCACUUUGACUACGAGAAGUACACAGAGUGCGACAAACUGUUAAAUGGAUCGACUGCCCAUCUGAAGUCCUUCAAGCACUUCAUGAGUGUCGAAAUGCGCCAUCACCGUGGUAACUUUGUGAAUCCUCUGGCCAAACACAAUGCCCAUCGCUUGGAGAAUCUGUUGGGAAAUCUGCGCGAUUGGCUGAAGGCAUCGCAUUUGACUAUUCAUGUCUUCAACUGGGAAAUGGAUCUGGAGCAUCGCUAUUCGUCGUCCAUGAUUCAAAAUCACCGUGCGUUGAACGCACGCGCCAUGCAACUAGCUGCCGCCGAGGAGCAGGCGGCUCAGCCUCGCGUCCUCACCCCCGAGGAAGAACUUAUUGGCAAGCGCUAUCAGCUGGACAAUGUUGUGCUCUGUGCCGUCGAACAUGAGGAGUACCUGUCGGCUCUGCUCGCCCAUCCGGAGGCGUACUUCCCACCAAAUAUUGUGGCCAUGUGUGAGCCACCGCCGGAGGGAACUGAAGCAGCUGACAUAAUUAUGUCAGGCAUGAUGACAGAACCUUUCAACUGGAUGGUGUUUGGCGACAUACUUGAUGUGCCGCCAUCUUCGCCGCCUAAGCAAACCGAGCGCAAGUGUCAACCCAUACGCUUCAGAUGCUGAAAUGGAUCAGAAUGGAGCUCAAAAUUGACAAUAACAAAUAAGUAUUGCCUAUUUUCACUAAAUUACAAUAUUUAUAAGAAACAACAAUUGAAAGAACGCAAGUUGGAGAUGAAAAUCCUUAAGGAGACAAACACGUAUUCUUCCGAGUCACAAUUGAAGUUGACUAUCUAUUUAAUUUCUUAAACUGUUAGAUGAAUGCCAACAGUGCCUGUUUUUCUUUUUUAUUUUACGAUUGAUUUGU